AUGCCAUCCGAGAGGGAUUUAGAGCGGGCGCUGCGUAUAGACGGCCCCCUCGUCGCCGUCAGCGGCCCUGUCGCCGCCUCCAUCGGCCCCGUCGCCGGCGCCAGCGGCCCCGUCGCCGCUGCCAGCGGCCUCGUCGCCGACCCUAGCGGCCCCGUCGCCGCUCCUAUCGGCCCCGUCCCCGCCGCCAACGGCCCCGUCGUCGCCGCCAGCGGCCUCAUCGCCGCCUCCAUCGGCUCCGUCGCCGCCGCCAGCGGCCCCGUUGCCGCCGCCAGCGGCCCCGUCGCCGACCCUAGCGGCCCCGUCGCCGCUCCUAUCGGCCCCAUCGCCGCCGCCAGCGGCCCCGUCGUCGCCGCCAGCGGCCCCGUCGCUGCCGCUAGCGGCCCCGUCGCCGCCGCCAGCGGCCCCGUUGCCGACCCUAGCGGCCCCGUUGCCGCUCCUAUCGGCCUCGUUGCCGCCACCAGCGGCCCCGUCGUUGCCGCCAGCGGCCCCGUCGCCGCCUCCAUCGGCCCCGUCACCGCCGCGAGCGGCCCCGUCGCCGCCGCCAGCGGCCCCGUCGCCGACCCUAGCGGCCCCGUCGCCGCUCCUAUUGGCCCCGUCGUCGCCGCCAGCGGCCCCGUUGUCGCCGCCAGCGGCCCCGUCCUCGCCUCCAUCGGCCCCAUCGCCGCCGCCAGCGGCCCCGUCGUCACUGCCAGCGGCCCCGUUGCCGCCUCCAGCGGCCGCGUCGCCGCCACUUGCGGCCCCGACCCCGCCCCGGCCACGCCCCGUCGCCAGCCGCGGCGCACCGGGGGCACGUGCACUGCCCCCCCCCCCCCCCCCCCCUUUUCCCGUCGCCUGUUGAGGCGACCUGAGGGGGCCGCGUGCGACCUGGGGGGGGGGGCGAGCGUGGCCCCUUCUGCCGCCUGUUUUGCCGCCCUGUGUUAG